UAUUUGUCAAAAUUGGUUUGUCUCUCGACAGUAAUACUAGUCGGUUGUUUUUUGUGAUUACUCGAGUCUACUCCCGGUUUUGGCCUGCUGUUGUUUCUUAUCUAAACAAUUAAAAAUGUUUGCCUUGGUUAAUCGAAUUCUGGACUGGUUCAAAAGCUUAUUUUGGAAAGAGGAAAUGGAACUAACAUUAGUAGGAUUACAAUAUUCUGGCAAAACGACAUUCGUCAACGUUAUCGCGUCUGGACAAUUCAGUGAAGAUAUGAUACCUACUGUUGGGUUCAACAUGAGAAAGAUAACCAAAGGAAAUGUCACUAUCAAAUUAUGGGAUAUUGGAGGUCAACCCCGAUUCAGAUCAAUGUGGGAAAGAUACUGCAGAGGUGUCAAUGCUAUUGUAUAUAUGGUUGAUGCAGCUGAUCACGACAAAAUUGAAGCUUCCCGAAAUGAGCUUCACCAUUUACUGGAUAAACCACAACUAGCAGGUAUUCCUGUGUUGGUUUUGGGCAACAAGAGGGACCUACCAAAUGCAUUGGAUGAAAAUGGACUGAUCGAGAGGAUGAAUUUGUCAGCCAUCCAGGACAGAGAAAUUUGCUGCUAUUCAAUUUCAUGCAAGGAAAAGGGCAACAUUGACAUCACUCUACAAUGGCUGAUUACACAUUCCAAGUCGGGUGGCACCCGUUAAUGGGCCGAGGCUAGAAAAGACAAGGGAAGGCAAGAGCGACAAUUGAUCAGUCAUAUCAAAUGCAGCCGACUCGGUACGAGAUCAAAAAUCAAUCCUCUUGUACGAAUACGACUCUUUGUUUUUCUCAUGUGGAGCUCCGCUUUGUCUGUGAAAGCUCGAUCAACCGGUCGCUAUUAACUGCUGAUUCUCUUUUUCGAUGGAAACAAUUGUUUCUUGAUUAUUAUGAUACAUUUUGUCGUACUCCA